AGCAGCUGGCCCAUUCUAAGCCUGCUUUGGAUUUUAUUUCUUAUUUUCGACCCGAACAGAUCAGGAAGGCAGGGGGCGACUGUCUGCUAUUCGGCUCGUCGUUCUGUUGAAGAUUCUUCUUCUCUAGAUAGCGGGAACGAUUCUUCGUUCAAGAUCUGAAUUCAUGGCGAGCCCAGGGAGAUCAAUGCUAUAUUCCCUUCUUUUAUUCAUUAUUAUUCUGUCACUCCUUGAGAUGUAUAGAGGGGCAUUUGCAUCUUCUGAGGUUUUGACAAUUGCUGGCGGCCUCAUUAGCUCUCUUCUAUUUGUUGUGAUGCUAACUUUCAUCGGAAACUAUCAGGAGUCAUGCGGAAGUAGAACUGGAUGGGGUGCUGUUAUCCUAGCAGAAUCUAUUGCUCUUAUUGCUGCCAGCACUGUGCAUCGUGUGUGCAUUACAACAUGCUUCCUUUUUUCAGCUGGGUUUCUUUAUGAGAUUAACAAGCUUUCCACACUCAUGUUCAUCAAAGGAGAAGCAAAAACAAAGCGGCAUUAGCUGAAACUUGAAAUGACUAGCCUGCUUCAGGUCAAUCUUCUGACCUGGAAUUUUUCACAACCACCCUUUUUUAAUCCAAAAUGACGUUAAUUGAUUGAGAAAUUCAAGCAUAAAUCAUAAAUUUAGCAUUUUCCUUCCUAGCUAAAUCUUUUCUUGAUAUGCGUAGUUGUAGUGCCAUCCAUAUAAACAGCCAAACAGGGCUCAACAAGCCCCUGGGUUUGUUUACAUUCUGGAGUUGUUUGCUUUGUGAAAACCUGAAGUCAAGUAUUUACACAUCAAAAUAGUUGUUUUUGUUUAUUUUGAAGUUGUUGAUUGUUGA